AUGUCAAGAAGAGGCUUACGAGAUGAAGAAAUCGAACGAUUAUUGUGUGAAAUUCCAUCAGACGAGGAUUCCACUGUUGACACCACAGAUGACGAAUCUGAUUAUGAAGCAAGCAUUGUUGCGGAGGCUAUUGUGUCGUCUGAAGGCGAAGUUUCAGAGAGCGAGGAAGAAAGUGAGUCCACUCCGCCAAAACGCGCUGCUGACACAGCGCCAACUUGGGGACAACAAUUCAAUGCUACCUCAGGAAUGCAGUUCGACAGUGAAUCAGGACCAAGUGCUUUUAUUAGGGACAUUGAUGAUCCAGAACCUAUCGAUAUAUUCGAAAAAAUAUUUCCAAAAGAGCUAGUUCAGCUAAUCGUUUUCCAAACAAAUUUAUAUGCGACGCAAUCUGGCAAGUCUUUCACUCCAACAACUGACAAUGAAAUACGAACUUUCCUGGGAAUCAACAUUUUGAUGGGUAUAAAGCGUAUGCCAGCAUACAGAGACUACUGGUCUAGUGCCCCAGAACUUCAUGAUCGUUAUAUUGCAUCUCUGAUGGCAGUAAAUCGGUUUGGAUGGUUACUGAGGAACAUUCAUCUGAAUGAUAACACAUUGCAUCCAGAAAAAGGACACCCAGGUUAUGACAAACUGUACAAGCUGCGACCAGUGAUCAAGAUACUAUCUGAAUCUUUUUCCAAGUGUUACCAACCCAGCAAACACCUAGCAAUUGAUGAGUCAAUGAUCAAAUUCAAAGGCCGCAACAGUAUGAAACAAUACAUGAGAGAUAAACCCAUAAAGCGUGGUUACAAAGUGUGGAUGCUGUGUGACAAGACCUCUUACAACUUGAAAUUUGAUAUUUACACCGGAAAAGAGCGCAACGGCACCAGCACUGACGCCACUCUGCGUGCGACGCCAGCUGGACAUAUCGUCCAGAACUGGGAUUAUGACCAAGUGAGCGACAUGAGAACCCUGGAAACACCGAGCAGCUGA